GUUUCGCACGGAGUGAUGAAUAAGAAGUUGACUAAUCGAGAAAAAAUACAAGGCGGGGAAAAGAAUGAUCAUUCAUGUUUACAAGCCAUCGUUGAUGUUUGUUGCCUGAUCAUUUUAGUCAAAAACAUGUUGUUAAACAGAUUAAUUAGAGCUUUUCUUGGAUUUUUCCUGCUGAAAUGUGCAAGUGGAACUUAUUUAUUUCGAUUAUUUGAAAUCUUUGAACUUUUUCCAAAUGAUUUAACUGAAAAAAACGUUGUGAAAGCACUUGGCCCAAAUAACACGGUUGGUGUGCAGUUUAAUGGCAACACAGAUACUCUUAAGUAUAAAGGAGAUAUAUUUGCAUAUAUGGCUCACAUGGUAACCACGUCAAAAGACUUUACCUUUACAACAACAUUUAAGAAAACACAAAAAACACAAAAUGAGAAGCAGGAUUUGGUAUUUGUGUCUAUGGUAUCAGAAGAUUAUAAACUGACAUAUUUUAACAUCGGCUUACAUUUUGCCCGUCAGCAAGUAGGAGUUGAAGAUCAAAAUAAAUAUGUCCACAAGACAACAUUUUAUAUCAGCCAAUAUGAUAAGCGAUAUAGACAAACACAAAGAACAACCCUUGAAUUGAAAAGUGAUGCCAUACCUGCUAAUAAAUGGAUAAAGAUUCAAGUUCGAUUUCUGGGUAGCAAAUUUUAUGUCCGUCUGAACUGUGAAGAGGUUGGAAAUGGUGAUCUGUACACUGGUCAAACUGGAGUAUUUCCAUACAAAGGAUAUCUUCUGCUAGCUCAUGAUUAUACCAAAACCGUAUUUGGUAUUGAGCCAGACAAUUAUUUCAUUGGUGCUAUGGUCAAUCCACAAUUUAUUAAUGGAAAUACUGCAUUUGAAUUCUUCAGUCCAUGUGAAGCAGACUUUACUGUUCAGGAAAUUCCGUCUGAACCACUUCCUUCAGAGUAUAAGCCUGACAAGUUUGAUAAAUUUUUAGAGAUGACCUCUAAUACUGCUACCGUUCAAAUUCAAUGUUUUGAUUCACGUGUAGCGAAUGGAACUAUCUACUCUGGCGCAACAAAGAGGGACAAAGAUGAUGUAUGCUACACCCACACCUGUGAAAAUGGUAAGGUGUCAAGUACAUACAUUUGCUCAAAAUGUGAAGAUGAUGACAAAAAGAAGUACGAGCAUGGAGACAUCUGGUUCAACGUAUGUAAAAAUAAUACGUGCAAUGGCGCUGAUUCGAAAUUUGGUCUCAUUACAACUACAACAAUAAAAUGCAAAGAACCACUUUCGUGCAAAUUUGGUAUAAUGCGCAAAGACAACAAGACGUGUUGUGACAAAUGCUUAUCGGAAAGCUGUCGAGCGGACAAAGAAUACUACAUAGGCUGUGAUAGAAAAUGCACGGACGGAAGUUCCUUUGUCUGUCCUAGCAAAAAGGAAGGUUGUUGGUGCCCUGAGGGAAGCGCGUUAGAUGAUGAUGGGAAAUGUAUACCAGUGUCAAAAUGCACUUGUAAAGUUGGUGACAAGACUUACUUGCCUGGCCAAAGUGUCAUUCGUAGCAUAUGUGAAACAUGCUCAUGCUAUGCUGGUUCUCUGUUAUGUUACGCCGUAUGUUUUGUUUAACGCUUACCGGUGGAAUUCUGGUUUCUUUUGGUGAAAGGUAGAAGAUAUUUGAAAAAGGGUUUAUAACACUAAAGUAGAUAAUUUGUCAGACUUUUUUAUUAUAAUUUAUUUUUAAAUGUUUUUGUUAUAUUUUGUGUCUGGUGUCUGGUUAUUUUAUACUUUGUCAUCUUCCUUUGUAUAAAAGGGUUACCGUAAAUGACGAAGGCGCUUAUUUAAAAAAUUUAUGUUAAGGAGGGGAGGGGGAGGGCGCUUAUUCGGUAAGGGCGCUUAUUUAAGCUGGGGCGCUUAUUAACUGUACUAAAAUAAAAAUUAUUUCUUUCUUCUCACUUCUAGCGGCACUAAAAUUAAUCUAUCUCAAUGUUUUCGUCUUCGUCUUCCUGUUCCGACUCGAAGGAAAGACUCGUUAAAACACCAUUGUUAAGAUGAAACUUUACUUUUGUUUAGUAAAAUACAUUUAAACAAAACCUAUUGUCGUUUUUUAUGCCUUGUUCCAAAUAAGCACCCCCUUCUGAUAUUCAUGUGAUAAAAUAAGCGCCAACUCUGGCUAUAGAUGGGCGGUUAUUCAAGCAGGAGCGCUUAUUAAAAAAAUGACUCUUAGACGGGCGCUUAUUCCGGCAGGGGCGCUUGUUUCGUCAUUUACGGUAAUCAUUUUCACCAACGAACUCGUUUUAGCCUUGGACACUAAAAUCAAAAAAUCACCGUGUUUGCGUAAUCCCUAUAAAUUAUUAUAAAUUAACCAGUUGAUUAACAUAAAAAUUUUAUAAUUAUUUCUAAAUGUAUUUUUUUGUUAAGAUCAUUAUUUUUAGUGGAAAAUAUAUGUUAGAAAAUAUCUUAGUGUGAAAA